GCACUUGUCGACACCCAUGACCGAAUUAUUGCAGUCCUUGGCGGUGUUCCUCAUGGGUCCAAAGGGGAAGCAUGGCGGGCGGUGGAAGCUGAUGCUACUGCUGCUGCUAUGCUUUGCCAUGACUCGAGUACCUUCACUGAAACACAAAAACAUGGUCGGCGUGGAGAUUUCGCCUCGCGGACGGUUGGAUACGGUUAUGGCAAUGGGCGGCGCAAACCGCAGAACUACAAAGUUUCCGGCAGAGCGAAUCAGAACGCCAUGCAAGAGCUUCUUCAAAACGAUGCAAUUCGGCGUAUCUCAGGCUUUCAAAACGCCCUCUUCAACACAUUCUGCCACAAGAACUAUGUUGAAUAUAGGGAUACAAACGAGGAAAUCCAACGCAAGCAACCUGAGCUACGAGCUAACUUCCGAAACACCGCGUUUGCUGCAACUACUUUCAACCUGGGACCCCGCUCAUUUUCUCCACCUCACAUGGACCCUGACAACCGCGCCUCCAGCUGGUGCGCUGAUACCAACAUGGGACCCUUCGACCCCGACAAAGGUGGGCACCUUGUGCUCUGGGAUCUUGGGCUCAUAGUUCGCUUUCCUCCUGGUUCCACGAUCCUCUUUCCCUCUGCACUUAUCACACAUUCUACCAUUCCCAUCCAAGCACACGAGACCCGCUACGCCAUGAUACAGUACUCUUCUGGUGGUCUUUUCCGAUGGCGCGACAACGGAUUUCAGUCAGACAAG